AUGUCUUGCAAUAAUCUAAAACAAGGAUGCAAAGAGUUUACCCCGUCGGUCGAGCAGUCAGUGUAUCCGUCGUCACUUGAGAGCAUAAGUGAAUACAACUAUAAUCAAUCAGUGAAUUAUGAUCAGUUAACGAUUUUCGAUGCUGACCAAAAGCAGCAAAAACAAGAUCAUCGGCAGAACAAUACAUCAUCUCUGCAGAAAGUCGAGCAAGCUAGCACGGAAGAAAAAAAUAACAAACGGAGAGCACGGACUGCAUUCACUACUCACCAACUUAGUAAGUUGGAGAAGAUUUUUUGCGAAAACAUUCACAUAUGUCGUCCAACGAAAAUCAGCACUGCAUCUCGAUUAAACCUUAGUGAAAGACAGGUGGAGGUGUGGUUUCAGAAUCGACGAAUGAAGGCAAAGCACGAUAAAUUGAAAAUUGCAGCUACCAACGGCAAGAAAAUUUUAUAUCCUUCGAAAGAAAAAUUAAAUCAGUUCGUUGCCACAGAUGCCAUAAAGGAUAGAAGAGUAAACACAUCUGGAUUAAGUGCCACCAUUCAUUAUCAUCAGUUGCUACCAAAUCAAGAUCCAAAUGUCAGAAACGACGGUAACUGUAGGACAAAUGAUACCAACUACCAAACAGCAUACACCGGGGGUAUAUACUGCAAUCAGUACAAUGCUACCACUGAAUAUCCGGCUAAUAAUAGUAACUGA